UACAAAUCUGAACUACAUUAUAAUUCAUCACGUUUGAGAAAUCGAAUUUUGAAAACUGUUGUGAAAGUUUUCUUCAAGAAACCAAAGAGAAAGUCUCAUUAAAGCUUAUCAGAUUCACUGCAUACACACAACCAACAAUCGGAUAUCAAGACAAAUGCUCAGAAAGGAUUACUAUGAGAUCUUGGAUUUACCACAUAACGCUAAUCGAUCACAAAUCAGAGCAUCAUAUCAUAAACUAGCAAAACAAACUCAUCCAGAUAAAAAACCAUCAUCAUCAACAACAACAACAACAUCAACAUCAUUUCAUAUCUUACAAGAAGCCUAUGAAACAUUAAUAGAUGAAGAAAAACGAAAACGAUAUGAUGAUUCAUUAAACAGGAAACCUUUCGAUCAGCAUCAUCAUCAUGAGCAAUAUGAUGAAUUUAAUGAAUUCGAAACCCAUUUUGAACCGAAAAGGAAAUCACAAGAUUCGGUCAUUCAAUUCGAUUGUACUUUAGAAGAUCUUUAUAAUGGAAAAAAAGUUUCCAUCGAAAUCGAACGUCAAUUAAGUUGUGAAAAAUGUCAUGGGUUUGGUUAUAAUCGUGAUGCUAGACCGAAUAUGUGUCAAAGAUGUAGUGGUCAGGGUUUUACUAUUCGAGUGAUUCCUUUGAAUGGAAUCUUUGCAAGUAGUCCGAUAGUCUGUACGAGUUGUGAAGGUUUAGGUGCCAAGAUCAGAUCAGAAGAUCAAUGUUCGAGUUGUAAUCGAACUGGAUUCAAACCAGAUAAAGUGAAAGUGGAAUUUCGAAUCGCAAAAGGAAUGCUACCAGAUCAUCCGAUUCGUUUAUCUGAUCAAGGAGAUGCUCAGCCUGGUUGUUUACCUGGUGAUCUAGUUCUUAAAUUAAACGUCUUACCACAUCCAACUUUUCAAAUGCCAGAUCCGACAUCAAGUGAUUUAUUAUUACCGAUCAGUAUCACUUUAUCAGAAGCAUUAUUAGGAUUUGAUAGAUUAGUCUUUUAUCAUUUAGAUGGACAACCGAUCCGAUUGAAAAUCCCAUCACCUAAUCAAACAGGUCAUAUGAUUAUCAAACCUAAUGAAAUUAAACAAAUCAAUGGGUUUGGAUUACCGCCUAAUGGGAAUUUGUUUAUUAAGUUUUUGAUUGAUUGGCCUACUAAAGAUUGGAUUGAAAAACAAGAUUUAGAGUUUUUAGAAGUAGCUUUACCUGAGAAGAAAAUCGAUCUUGGUUCAAGUUUAUCAUUGGAUUUUGAACAAGUUUCGCUUUCGUUUAAAACUUGAAAAACACAAAAAACUACCGUCUUUUGAUUACUUAUCUUUUUUUGGGGGUUUAAGAUAAUCAUUUGGUACGUAUACUUGGAAAUAGAGAAGGAAUGUCUUGGAGAUGAACAUCUUGUUUGAUCUGUUUAUGUUUCUUUUAGUAUUUGAAUGAUGUUGAAUUUGUAUAAAAAACAUCUCAUUCUUUUGGAGAAUUGGGGUAGAUAUCUGUUUUUAGGAGUUGUUGUAUCAAUGCUUUUUUUGUUAGAUUUUGUUCAGUAGACCUUAUUGAUGACUAUAUAUAAUAUUAUCCCCAGAUUAAAAAGUAUAAUGGAAUACAAUACUCAUCUUACAUGAUCAUG